CCUAGGGUGCAACGGCGAAAUGGUCCCCCCAUAGACUUUCUACAUAUUGGUAAACGAAGAAGGCGUCGUCAGCAUGAUUGCAUUGGCAGAAAAUGAUAGACCCAUUGCUCAGAUGUUAAUGAAUUUUGGAGCGUGCCCACGCUGUAUUCUCCGGUUCUGCCGUGUGGGGCAGCAGGAUUCGUACCGGCGUCCCCAUAAGGAGUUGCUUGCAGAACUGUGCGAGUUCCUGGAGAGCAGCAAAGAUGAGGACCAGGCCCGUUGCGAAGCAGCAACUCCGCCGUGCAAAAGAAUCAAGCUGGAGAGUACCGAAGAGGCGGAAGAGCAGGCCCCAAAUGGAAGCCAUCAGCUGAAUGAUGGAGCUGCUAGUACUGAGAGCGGAAGGACAGCCGUGUGCACCGUGUGCUUGGGCAUUCUGCAGGAGCUCUGCGAGGUGGAUUUUGUGAAAGCAGUGUGCCAUAAGAUUAACUCUUCCGAAUACCAGUUUUCCAGCUUUGUAUUUUCAGUGUCUUUCCCACCGCAGCUCUCUGUGAGGGAGCACGCAGCAUGGCUGCUGAUACAAGAGGAAAUGGAGAAACAGGGCCUUUUAGAGGGAAAAGAUGACCUCGUUCAGCUGAAAGAAGCAUACAAAUGGAUUAUCCACCCCCUGUUCUUGGAGCAGUUGGGAGUCCCCGCUGAUGGAAAGAGCCUGUUUGAAGUGAGCGUGGUCUUCGCUCAUCCAGAAACAGACGAGGACUGCCGGUUCCUAGCCUCGGCUUGUCCAGGUUGCUUCAAACCAGCAAAGAACAAACAGUCCGUCUUCACCAGAAUGGCUGUAAUUAAGGCUUUGGAUAUGAUCAGCGAAGAAGAUUUUCGUAAGCACUUCCCAUGCUCUCCAAGUUUGCCAAAGUCUCCUUGCACAGCUGUUGACGUUCAGUGUACCAAUGGUGCCAUCUUUGUGGCUGGAAGAUAUAACAAAUACUCAAGGACGUUACCCCAAACCCCCUGGAUCAUAGAUGGAGAGAGGAAGAUGGAGUCUUCUGUGGAAGAAUUGAUCUCUCAGCAUCUCAUGACUGCCUUCAAAGCAGACAGUUUCAAUUUCUCAUCAUCCGGAAGAGAAGACGUGGAUGUGAGAACGUUAGGCACUGGAAGGCCGUUUGCGAUGGAGCUCUUGAACCCCCGGAAAGUCCGCUUGGCUGCAGCAGAAAUGAAGGCGCUCCAGCAGACCAUCAAUAACUCUUCAGACAAAGUACAAGUUCGUGAUUUACAGCUCGUCACCAGAGACGCCAUUGGCCACAUGAAGGAAGGGGAGGAAGGGAAGACGAAGACCUACAGUGCCUUAAUCUGGACAGAAAAAGUGAUCCAGAGCGAAGACCUUGCGUCUCUCGACAAUAUGAAGGAAUUAAAGCUCGAUCAAAAAACUCCACUGCGGGUCCUUCACCGGCGGCCGCUGGCCGUCAGGGUCCGCAUCAUCCACACCAUGCGGUCAGCGUACAUUGAUGAGCACCACUUCCGUCUCCACCUGAAGUCACAAGCAGGGACCUACAUUAAAGAGUUUGUGCACGGAGACUUUGGAAGGACCCAGCCCAAUCUUGGUUCCCUCUUGGGGACAACUGCUGACAUCUUGGAGCUGGAUGUUGAAUCAGUGGACGUUGAUUGGCCUCCAGCGCUGAACAACUGAUGAAACAUUUAAUUGUCAAAGUAGGGAAGAUGAAAAAUUGACAGCCUUGCCAGUGAGGGGUUAGAGAGGUCUUCUGCAAUCAGACACCCUUUGGAUUUGUUGAACUACAACUCCCAUUAUCCCCCAGCCAGGGAUUAUGGGAGUUGUAAUUCAAUUUAUCGGGAGGGCGCUACAUUGGGGAGGGCUGGGUUGGAACAGAAUGGGUUCCAUUUUGCAAGCUAGAUGGUUUCCCCAAAUUUUUGUUAAGCUUAUUAGAUCAUGUUGAUCUGUUCAAGGUUUGUUUGUUUUUAAUUAAAAUGUGUGUGUGUGUGUGUGUAUGUGUGUUUAAUUGGCAUUUAAAAAUUCUGGAAGAAUGCUUUGACCAGCUUUCUAUCCCAAUGUAAAUGCAUGCCCCUCUGGGGGUAGAUUCUGACCUUGAGGUAGGAUCAUUUCUCAAGAGAUUAUUCUGCUUUUUCAUGUAAUGGGGCAAAUUUGGAAACCAGAAAUUGAUUUGGAGAUUGUUAACUUCUGCUAAGAACAACCAAAUGCACUUCCCCAAGAGAUCCUUGGCUCUGGGUGCCGAAAAGAAAGAGAACCACAACUCAUUCAGACUGGAAGAUGCUUUUUUGUUUAAUUUUUAGAAUCUGUAUUUCCUGGUGAUCGCACUGUUUAGUGAAAUAGUCCUAAGCGUUUUUAUAAGUUCAACUGCAUCAGCCCCUUCUCCCACUGUGAUGCUGAAAUAUCAGAGGGUAAAAGAAAGGGUCUCCUAAGACAAAUUAUGGUUUAAAAAUCAAACAUACAGAAAUGCAGUAUAUGCAGUAGAGCCGGCCCUACCAUUAGGUGUAGUGGGGCAAUUGUCUCUGGCGGCAGAUGUUGCAGUGGGGGGCAGGAGUGGCCGCCUCCCAGCUGUUCCGCCUGGACUCCCUAGCUGCUCCUUGUUUCGAUGAAAGAGCUGUUUAUGGCACAUUACCUAUCCUGGCCCCACCACACCAGCGUGUGUUGCUUUAAGUGUGGAGGAGGACAGUAUUCCAUCACCAUUCUCUGUCCAAGGAAUGGGGAGAGGGUGCCAUUUCAUUCUUUACCUCGGGCAGAAAAAAAAAUGUCUUGGACUGGCCCAGAUCUGUAGUAUCCUUUGCUGAUAUAAACCCAGAACCAUGCCAGGGAGCAGCAACAUGAUGGCUACAGUUUGGAGCCUGAUGCUUGAGUAGGAGCUAAUGAUGUGCAAUGCAGAUUGCAUGGGUUGUUAGCACAUCAGCAUGCAGUUACUGAGUUCAAUGGGACUUCCUCUCCCCACCCCCCCAAUUACCUCCCCAGGUUAAGUAUACAUAGAAUUGCAGCUUCAGUACAUCCACAGCCCUAAAGAAUCCUAUCUCCCAUUAAAGGUAGAGGAACAUGCAAUUAUCCUUUUGGAAGGCAGCAAAGGCAAUGGAACUCUUGAGUAUUUUCAGACAGUAAUAUUUGGCCAGAGUGAUGUACCAAAAAAAGGGGGGAAAGAAUAAUCAUGUGAAAUGCAAAGGAAAUAGCAAUGAUCUGGUUUGCACAUAACUGCAUUCCAUUUGUUUAAAACCUAAUGGAUUGUCAUGCCCGCCUCAUCUAUUUUUCCCUUUCAACGAUUGGCUUCUUCAUACGUUGUGAAGCAUGACUUCCGAAUCCAGACUGCUGGCUUGUUUAGGGGCUGGACAUCCCAGUGCUUAACCCUCGGUUUAUGUGCAAACAGGGCCAAAUGUGAGAAGCAGCUUUACACA